AUGUCAUCAUCGCAAGAAGAAUACUCAUCAGACGAGGAAAGUAUUUACGAUUCCAAUGAAAACCAAAAAUCAAGAGUGCUUUUAGGAUUCGUGGACGGACCUGUGUCACCAGACGAUGAGCCAACAAUUGAAGAUACGUUUAUUGGUGGACAACCCGUGUGGCUUCGUCCCGAGUCCAAACCACAAGAAAGCUAUUUGACAUGCAAUCAUUGUGAUAAGAAAAUGGCAUUACUUUUACAAGCGUUCUCACCGCUUGAUGGCGCUUUGUACGAUCGGGUAUUGUACUUAUUUGGUUGUAAAAAUGGACAUUGUUCGAAACAAAAGGGCAGUGUCAAGGCUAUCAGAGGUAUCAAUAAGAAUGAGGACGUAGUUCAAAGGAUAAAGGAAGAGCUAGAUGGUGUUAAGAUGAAGGAAAUGGAAGACAAGAUGAAACUGGAACAACUGAAGAAAUUGAAUGAUGAGUUAACCAAGAAUUUAUUCGCCAAGGACAAGUCUGGUGAUAACCCAUUUGGAGGAUCAAAUCCUUUCGCAAAAAGCGAUAAUCCAUUCAACAGCAAUCAGUCUCAUCCAUUUGCCAAAACUGAAGCAAAAACUACCGAAACUCCGUCCUCCAUUGCUAAACCUCAACUGUAUGCUGACGUGGCAAAAACAGCACCAAAACUGCCCCAAAAGGUAGAGAAAAAAUUACAAGGUGACUUACCUCAAUACAAUGGCAGUUUUGUUUACGUUGACGUGGAGAAAUUCCGCAAGGACAAAGACGAGGAAGCUCAAUUGGCCAAGUACAAGCAUUUGAUUGAAGAGAACGAUGCUCCAGAAGAAGGUUCAUCAGUAAGCAAAAGACGUGGAUCAUCAUCAUCAGCGGUAUUGGACCCGCAAACAACCAAAAUUUCUAAUAUGUUAGAUGACAAGUAUUUUGAACACUUUUCAUCGACAGUUAAACACAAUCCAGGUCAAGUUUUGCGAUAUGAUCUAAAUGGUAAACCAUUACUUUACAAUGGCAAAGACGAAGUUGCCAAAAUCUUUUUAAAUGAAAAUGCUCAACCAAACAUUCCACGUCCAGUUUACAACCCCAGUAGUGAACGUCGAUUCGAAUUACAAUUGAUGCCAAAGGCAAUCAUGGAUCUAGAAGGAUUGAAUGGAGAUAAUGUUGAUAUCAAGGAUAUAUUGAAUGGAAUGUCCUGGGGUACGAUUAUCGUAUGCACUGACGUUGAAGAUUACAUUCCAGAAGAGAAUUUUGAUGAUCACAAGGUUGGAUAUAUACAAGAGUGGUGUGGCGUACAAUGGGAAGAAAGUGUAUAA